UGAAGUGUACAUGUAUAAUGUGAGAGGAUUCAGAGGCCAACGAGCUGUUGGGAAAGAUGGAACUUUUGCCUGAAAGUAGUGUGUUAUUUCGUGACUCCUCGGGUUUUUGAGGUAAUGGACUUCCGCAGGGCGUGCCGCGUUCUGGUGCAACAACAUCCGUAAUGAAUGUCAACAACUGCAGUUACAGGAAAAAUAUGCUAAAUAUGAAAUUUCCUUAAGUUUAACCAAACAGCAAAUGGAACUUUAAAGAGAUGAGAUAGAUUACUUGUUUUUCAAUAUUUUACAAAUACGGAUGUUUUAAUACAAAAUGAAAGGAUGGAGAAAAAUAUUCAUGAAUCCGAAAUUGCUAAGAUAGCUUUUCACUUUAAAAUUCUGUACGGGUCUUUGAUUCUGAAUUUUUCUGUGACCGUUUUUAUGAUCAUCACACUGUACAGUAGCCAGGACUGCCACCACGCCCCGGGAAAAUGGACCAACCGAGAAAGGUUCCAAAGUCUACACGCAACAAAGACGACAAAUUCAGAAAACACAGGAGAGACUUUAAAAUGGAUGCGUUUUCGAAGAUCCUUCAGUUUUCAGUAUGGCAAUUGUGAAACAUUUCUGUAUGACUGUCGCAACGUAAUGGGAGAUGAUUUCGUAAUAAAAGGAGAAAAGGGCGAGCAAGGUUACAUAGGAGUUUCCGGGAUAACAGGCAAUCCAGGACCAAUAGGACCCAAAGGAAAUCCAGGCAUUCCAGGGCCGAUUGGACCUAUGGGGCCCAAAGGAGAAGAAGGACUCCCAGGCCUGAGAGGCUUACCUGGAGAAAGAGGACAUCAAGGAGGAACGGGGAGACCUGGUUUGUCCGGAUUAAAAGGUGCCAAGGGGGAGAGAGGACAGCGGGGCCUUCUGGGAUUUCCUGGCUAUAUUGGAAAACGGGGUGAGAAAGGUGACAAGGGAAUACCUGGUGAUAGAGGCCCUAUGGGGCCAGAGGGACUCUUCGGACCUCCAGGACCAUCAGGACCCAUUGGCCCAAAAGGUGACAAAGGCGACAAAGGGCCAUUUGGAAAAGAUGGAUAUGCAGGGGAUAACGGAGAUGUUGGUGAAAAAGGCGAGAGAGGUUUUCCUGGGCACCCAGGACCUAUUGGACUACGAGGACCCAAGGGAGAAAAGGGUGACUGUCUAGUUUCAACUUUCAAAAUGGAAAACUUAAAAUUGGAAAAAGAUGCCACGAAUCGUCCAGUGCGAACUCCUCAAAGGAAUCAGGCUGGAAGGUCUGCUGCUGAAAGAGCGGGAAACGGAACAAGGCCAUUAGUCUCCACAAUUUAUAUAGCGCUGUGUUCCUUAGUUGUUUUUUAUGAAAUCUACUGACAUUAAUCCCGCUUCGUGCAUAUACUGAGCCUUGUUGGGAAGAAGAAGAGGGUUAUAUACAAUAGUUGUCACCAGUUAUGACCAAUAACCCAUGUUCCAUGCAAGUUUCUUUUCCCUAAAAUCACACGAUGAACGGGGAAUGCAUCAAGGCAUCUUUAGGGAGAAUGCAACUCCGAGCAAUUAUGGAUGAUAGUACGCCACCUUUUGUUGAUCGUAGACGUGUGCGUGCCAGGUCUUCGGUUAUGAGACAUUUUCAAAUCAAGUGAAAUGUUAAUCUGGUGAUGUGAUAGCAUUUGAUUAGGGGAUGAAUAUACUCUUCUUUUCGGGAGAUAACAAAACUCAUUAUAACUCAUAAAGAGGCACAUGUUGCAGAAAGAGAAAUAUGACGUCAUAAACCCAUACUGUUGAGAUGAAUUCGAUUGCUAGAUUGCAUGUUUGAAGUUUAAUCUUGUGUAAAUGUUACUAUGUGUGUAUGCUUGCUUAGUUAUAAACGAUUCAACGACAUAGUUUCAUUGUUUAGCAGGCAGCUAUGAAAUUAUGUCUUCUAUGAUUUGUUAAAUGUUGAGUACAAUUAUUAAUGCAUUGUGGAUGAAUGAGAUGAUUGAUCAAUUUGUAUAUAACUAAUAUAGAGAAUGCAAAUCAAAAAUAUUUUUAAAAAAUGCUUCUCUUUUUAUAUAUGCACAGAUUUAGAAUUUUCAGUAGCAUUACAUAUAUAUGAAAACCAACUAAAAGGAUUCAGUACUAAUCUCGGUUGAGAUUCGGUUCGGCUGAAUAUUUGGAGUGACGCCUUCACCGAAUUUCGGAGCAGUCCUUCAUAAUUCAUGUCUGAAAAUUCACUUUCAGCUUCGGCCGGUUCUAGCAAUUAAUGUGCACUUAGAUGACACUGCUGUUCGCUUCAAAUCAGUUAGUUGACUGAUCUCAACCGAGAUUAGAUUCAGUACCAUAUAUGAUCUAACUGCUUUGUAGUGAAAGCGGAAAUUCUUGGCUUGUUCAAAGUUUUCACUCGUAGGCGUUGUCGUAAACACUCACUGGUGAACAAUCACCAAGGGGCAUGACGAAGGUGUUGAAGACCAAAUCAAUGGCAAUGCAACUUUCUGUGUAUGAUUUAACCGUCUAGGGGGUGCUUCUGGUGUUCAGAACAUUCAAUAACGUCUCAAGGCAACCAAGUAUAUUUCGACGCAUGAAGAUAGUUUAGCAAAUGUAAAGAAAGUAAUUAGUACUUUCAAUUGUUUUCCUUCAAAGUUUACGUGUACGACGCAAAUAUAACACCGACGUCUCAGCGUGAGUGUCUCAACAAAACAUAGCGCUGUCGUUAUUUUUCUUGUACGUUUUUUCUUGUUGCACAUCAAUUAAAUUUAAAGGAAAGGUAGCAGAUGGUAUAUAUAUUACAAGAUAAUAUAAUAUAGUGGAAAUGCAUGGUAGCAAUGAGCAGAGUGAUAACAUUUUUAGACAUGCAUACUAGAAUGACUCUUUCAAACGUGGUUACUCGUUAACAAGUCGUAAACUACAGUGCAAGGUUGUAGAAUAACAUAAUCCCAUUUGUGACAUCUCUUGUUAAGGAGGAAUGCUACACCAGAGAAAUGUGAUGUGGAUGAAAAUUGGGGGUACAAUAAAAUAUUGAAAUUGAA